UUGUUGACAAACAAAAAUCAAACCAAUUGAAAAUUUGAAAUUUAAAAGUUACAAAAUGUGGAACACCAAGGACGCGAGCUUUACCUUUGCAGUUGGCAUGGCUAUGUGCAUUGCCGCAGGAGAGCAGGAGGAGGCGGAAAGAAGGACACAGAGGCGGAAAUAUUGGGUGAGCCCGUAUCUCAAGGAACGCUCCUUCAAAGGCCGCUAUGCUUCAGACUUUCAGAACUUGGUUAACACUCCAUCCAUGUUCUUCGAAAACUUCCACAUGCCGGAGAGCAGCUUCAACGCACUCUUUGGAUUGGUGGAGCAAUACCUUAUCCCGAAGCGGAACACCCGGCCAGAUGCUAUACCGCUAAAAGCGAAGUUGGCCAUCGUUUUGGAAUUUCUUGCUUCUGGAGAUCUGCAACGCCAUGUUUGAUCCACUUAUCGGAUCAGCAAACAACACUUCGGAAUCGUCCUCGACCAGGUUUGUGCAGCAAUUUGGACUGCGUUGCAAGGGGAAUUUUCGAAGUGGACAACCGAAACAUGCUGAGGUGGGCGAAAGACUUCGAAGACGAAUGGAAUUUUCCAAACUGUCUUGGUGCCGUCGACGGGAAGCAUGUGACGAUAAAGGCCCCCACUAAUAGCGGAAGCCUUUUUUACAAUUACAAGGGAUUUCAUUCGAUUGUUCUCAUGGCAAUCUGCGACGCUCACUACCGGUUCACUUAUGUAGAAGCCGGGGCGUUCGGGAGCGAGGGUGACAUGAACGCAUUUUCCCACAGUACGCUUGGAAAACGCCUACUUAUGGAUGAGCUGCCGUUUCCCGAUGACAAAGUGAUAAACGGGCAUCGAACUCCCUACUUCAUAAUCGGCGAUGAUGCAUUUCCGCUUCACAAAUGCAUUAUGAAGCCAUACAGUGGCAAGGACCUGCAUCGGAAGGAGCGAAUAUUUAACUAUAGGCUGAGUCGUGCUCGUCGUUGCAUUGAGAAUGCAUUUGGAAUUCUUAGUGCACGGUGGAUGGCUGUGCAACGUACUUUGCUGAGCAACCCGAGCAAGUCUCAGAAAGUCAUUGCAGCCUGUUGCGCCCUGCAUAAUUUCUUAAUGCGGAAAAUCCCUACAACUUACACGUUGCUCGAAGUACCGAGCAACGUGCUUGUCGACCUGCGAGCCUGCCGACGAGGUCGCCCCCAGGAUUUCAGUAAGGAAGUUCGAAACAACCUGAUGGAAUACCUGAACGGUAGUGCUGGGUAUUCUCAAGUACCUUGGC